AUGACGUCAGUGAAAGAUAUAUAAGGCAUCCGGCGCGCUGCUAGAAAUCAUCAAAUUCAAACAGCAACAGCAGCUGCAAACUAGAAACAUUACUUCUUGCAUUCUUCUCUGCUCGAUUACGUGAAAACACACUCCAAAAAUGAUUGCUCUCGGUGCCACUUUGCCUUCUGUCGAACUUUGGGAGAACAAGCCCAACAACAAGGUUGAAUUCCCCGACGGAAAGAUUAUUAUCGUCGGUGUCCCCGGUGCGUUUACUCCCCCUUGCUCUUCUCAAGUCCCUGGCUAUGUUGUUGCUGCCGAGGACUUUGCUGCAAAGGGCGUUGUAGGAAUUUACAUUGUCGCUGUGAACGACGUUUUCGUCACGAACGCCUGGAAGAAGAAUUUGGGCUUUGAGAACUACGAGAACGUUCACUUUGUCUCCGACUGGAACGGUGAAUUCACCAAGGCUUUGGGUGCCGAGUUUGACGCCUCUGGUCUUUUGGGCCCUGUCCGUUCCAAGCGUUAUGCUCUUGUCGCCGAAAACAAAAAGGUCCAAAAGAUUUACGUUGAGGGUGUCGUGACCGACGUCGAUGUCAGCUCUGCCCAGAACGUCCUCGAAGAGCUUUAGAUGUAUUUUGUAUUGAUGAGUUAAUGAAUCCGUGAAGACAACGGCGGCUCGUUGGCGGCGUUUGUAACCUUAAA